AUGGACCCAGAAUAUAAUGCCAAGUUCGCUAUUCAUGAAGCUGCUCGUGAGGGAAAGAUGGUUGAAUCCUUACUCAACGCCAACCCCAAACUCGCAAACCUAAGGGAUGGAGAUGAGAGGCUGCCCAUCCACUGGGCAGUUGCGUAUAACCGGCCAUCAAUAAUUGAACUCCUCAUAUCGAUGAAAGACUUUGACCCAGAUGUUACAGACGCCUCGGGAUGGACACCACUUAUGAUUGCUGCAAGCUUAAAGGACGAAGAAGGGGACCCUAUAAUUGAAUUAUUGCUCCGUAAAGACGCAGAUGUCAACAUAAAGAGUGCAAAUGGACAGAAUGCUAUCCAUUUUGCUACUUCAAAAAACAAUAUAUCUACAGUUCGCCGAUUACUUGCCAACAAAUGCAGUGCGAGAGUGAGGGAUAAAAGAGGCCAACUACCGCUCCACCGCGCUGCAGCAAUCGGUUCUGUCCCGCUGGUCAAACUUCUUAUAGAAGAAGGGAAGAGCCCGCUGAACGCUUCGGAUGUCGAUGGUUUAACUGCUCUCCACCAUGCGAUUUCUGAAGCACACGGCGAAGCUGCCUUGACUCUUCUCAGAGCAGGAGCAGAAGCCGAUAAACGAGAUGCAAACGGCCAGCUUGCUAUUGAACUUUCUCCUGAUUCUAAAGUUCGAAAAUAUAUCCUUGAAACUGCAGAACGAGAGGGCAUUGAGUUGCCAUGA